AAAGAGGACUACUCCAACUAUUACCAAUUGGUUUUAGGUUGGAUGCCAGUCUUGUGUUGAGCCCACAUGCACAAUUUUCACAUUAUCAAACCCCGGAUGUCAACUACUCCAGAGACACUAACCGGAAGGGGUACUAGAACUUCUGAAGCCGGUAAAGAAGUCACUUCUUGUGAAGAACUGGGUUCCACUGAUGAUGGACAUGAAAGACUCGAUGUGCUUCCUGGGUGCAAGAAGAAAGAAACAAAGGAUAAGCGUCUCCUUUCUGUGUUCUCCCAUAUCCUUGGAUUGUUAGAUCCCAGAGGUCGUCUGACUGAACUGCUACCGCGUAUUCCCCCUGCCAAUGCCAGGAAGCCCGUUAGUCAAGCCAGCACUGAUGACUUUGGAGCUCAUCGCAUGAAGGACACUGGGAAGAACGCACAAGUCUAAAUUUCAAAUGUAAGGAAUAUGAAACUAAUGUCCCUUUCAUGAACAUAAUUGUUUUCUUUUGUUUUCCUUUUUGGUAGUAACUGCUUUUACUUGUUUUCUUGCAGGCACAUCGUAUAGCUGAUGUUGAGGACUUACGUUACGUACGAGAAACCAGUAGGAGGAAAUCUACUCUGGAAUUUGUGAGUGUUGUGUUGGAUGUUUUUACGUUUUUCUAAGAGAGAUUGUCUUUUGUAUGAUAUGUGGAUGUGUUGUUAUCCUACACUGAAUUUUUCACACCUAUCCAAUUUGAAUGUAAUGAAAAUUUUACCAGUUA